UAGCAUACGGCGUCACCACGUCCAGCGACCGCCUCUGAUUAACUCCGUUAAAAAGAGUGGAACUCCAACUGUGGACUGAAUUUAAAAAAAAAAAAAAAUUGCAACUCGACAGUACAUUGUUCCCGCUCAUCAGGAAAAUAUGGAGACGCCGUCCUGCCAAUGCAGACCCAGUUAUGAUGACUGCAAAAAGACUGCCGAGUGGCUGUUGGCCCAAAUCAAGCAGCGGCCCAAAGUAGCCAUCAUUUGUGGUUCGGGACUGGGCGGCCUGGCUGACUUGAUAGAUGACAAAAUAGUUUUCCCUUAUAAGGAUAUCCCAGAUUUCCCAACUAGCACUGUGGCAGGCCAUGCUGGCCAACUGGUUUUCGGGAAGCUGCAGGGCCGGGAUUGUGUCUGCAUGAAGGGUCGAUUCCACUUCUACGAAGGUUACAGCUUACACACUGUGACAUAUCCUGUGCGAGUCUUCUUCCUGUUGGGUGUGGAAACGCUGAUUGUGACAAAUGCAGCAGGUGGACUCAAUGGCAGCUACAACGUGGGGGAUAUUAUGCUCAUUAAGGAUCACAUUAACCUGCCAGGUUUUGGUGGACAGAGUCCGCUGGUUGGGCACAAUGAUGACAGGUUUGGAGUUCGUUUCCCUUGCAUGUCAGAUGCCUAUGACCGGAACCUGAGGGCUUUAGCUAUACAGGCGGCGCAUGAAGAGAACUGUGGCAGCUUCCUGCAGGAAGGGGUUUACUGUAUGGUGGGUGGACCAACGUACGAAACCAUCGCAGAGUCCAACAUGCUACAGAAGUUUGGGGCGGAUGCCGUCGGUAUGAGCACAGUCCCAGAGGUGGUGACAGCUCGUCAUUGUGGCUUGCGAGUCUUGGGUCUCUCACUGAUUACCAACAAGGCAGUGACAGAUUAUGACAGUAAUGAGAAAGCAAACCACGAGGAGGUGCUAGCGACCACUAACGUCCGCGCAGGUGACCUCCAGAGGCUCGUCAGAAACCUUGUGACAAAGGUCUAGCGUCUUCAGUCCAAAUCUGUGGAAAACAGAAGUUUCCGUGCUUCAGCAAUUGUAUUGAGAUAAUCAGCGGUGGGUCUAAAUUGAAUAUAUUUGAUAGGUGAAUAUAAUACAACAUAGAAUGAAAACCCCGUAAAGUACAAAAUUAUUUCAGACCAUUGUCUCUGAAGAGCAACUACAAAUUAGCACUGACUGACUUCAUAUUUGAUGUUGAUGUUUCAGUGUCAACACAUACAUAUCAUGGGAAUAAUUAAUUUCAUUGUGUUUAAUCCUGUUGACGCUCAUCAAUUAUUUCAUCUCUGGUGCUCCUCUUGAAACUUGAUUAGAUAAAAGAACAAAUGAAAGGAUUUUGAUCAAAAUGUAUUUCAUUAAAUCACAAGAAAAACAAGCCUUUUGUUUCCACUCUGAAUUCAGUCAGUGUUAUUCAAAUGUGCUUGAUUACUGAAAACUGCAAAUAAGGGAGAAUGUUGAAUCAGUGAAUCACGAGGAGUACCUCACUCAUGCUUCUUUGUUGUGGUGGUUUGUGAUAGCCACUGUUGAUCUUCAAUGAAUGUAUAUUUUAGCUACAGAGCAAAAUAGUUAUUUUUGUCUUUACUUUUAGAAUUUUUGAUUAAAGUAUAUGCAUAUUAAGAAAUAAUUAAUUGUAUGUGAUGUUAUAAUUCUUAGUUGAUUUAUUUGUGAUGGUGAACACAAACAAAGCAGGCAUUUGAAGGAAAAAGAUGAGGUCAAAUAUCCUCAUACAAAAGUAACAUACACAGGUUUUCCUGGAGAAGACGCUACUCAGCGACUGAAAUAUCGGGACGAGCUGUGAUACAAAGUCUUACAGUCUUCAGUGACCUUUGAUCUGGUAACUCCUGCCAGGUUCCUUUGACCGUUCCAUUCAUUAGAGCUGGAAAGUCAUUUGAUAACCUUUAUCAGCAGUCUUGAAGGAGAAUCUGUUUUGAUUAUUUUUGAAAAAAAAAAAAAAAAAAAAAAACAGCUGUCAUCAGAAACUCACUUCUGAGUACCAUUUGUUUUCUUCCAUUGCCCAAAGUUUGAUACUUUUUGAUUCAAUGUACAUUAUUUCAAAUUAAAUAUUUUUGUCACGUACACUCAGUUUGAAUGCUGGUACUUUUAAGAGGGGAUGUUUAUGUAAGCAGGAAAUUUGGCUUUGCAUUGCAUUUUUCCCCCACAAGCAACUAUUCUGUCUGUGACAUGCUUGACCCUCUGUGAACCAAGCAGGGUUCCAGGUUAUCUGAAAUUGUACAACACUGGUCAAUAAUGGCAAAUGCCAAGUCGGUAAACUGGAAAAGGGGCCCUAAUGUACCGUGUGCAAAAAUCCUACAUGGGUCAACAGAGGGUUAAAUACCUGAAAGAUUAAAAAUUGCAGCAUGUUUUAAACACCCCAUUUCUUAUCUUUCUAAAAGUAGCCAGUUUUGCGGAGGCGGUCAAGUUUCAUGAAAGUGAACCUAAACUCACCUUCCUCCAUACAGAAUUCAACUAUUAGGGAGUCUGUGUCAUGAUGCAGGUUGGAUUGGACCCAAAAACAGACAGAAGGAGUGAGUAGAUUGAGAAUAAUUUAUUGCAGGUUGACACAGGGUACAAAUAUCCAAGGCAGGGUGGUGGACUAGCAGGACAUAGAGCAAGUAGAAAGUUGGAAAGUGU